AUGUCCAGAAGGAGAAGCGUACCUCGCGGCCCCCGCAAGAAGUUGACAGCGUCCCAGAAACAGGCCCACAACAAGAUCGAAAAGAAGUACAGAAUUAACAUCAACGAGAAAAUAGCAGGAUUGCAAAAAAUUAUCCCUGCAGUUGCUAACGAACUGGUGGGGUUCGAGACGGUGACACCAGAAAAUGCCGAACACGGAUGCCAAAGACUCAACAAGUCGGCCAUAUUGGAGAAGGCUACGGAAUAUAUUCUAUUGUUGCAGAAGAAGCUGAGACAGCUUAUGGCUGAAAACACUGCGCUCAAGAAUCAGAUCUUGAGGCACGGAGGCACCACCGAGUAG